AUGAAGGCCGCAACACUUCAUCUAAUCUUGUGCUUUGCAGCACUGUCCAUCGCUCAGGACGGUGUAGUUGCCAUCGAUGCAGACCUAGGACUCGAUAUCUCCCUCGUGCGGUUCCCUAAGCUCUCUCGCCAGGUGAUGGUACAAAUCAUGUUAACAACAUCCGGGACACCUCGGAGCCCAUUGUUCUACCCUCGACACUAG